UAAGUACCAACUUACCACUGAGAUAACUUAUUGCCUAUUGGAUCUUGUUUACAUUAGUUCCUGUUCCUGUAGAAGAUUUUGGGCAAAAACAACAUCUUUGGCCACUACCUGCAUCUCCACGUCGCCGUCUCCAUCAGAUCAUUAUUCCUUUCUCCUUCCUCCUGGGCCUUGUCACCGAAUUGCAGCAAAGGCGGAUUCUUGUGAAUCGCCUCGGCGUUGUUUGCCCCGCGAUUCUCCAUCCAUCCAUCGCCGGAAUCGUGGGGGUGGGUUCUGAGGAUUCGAGGCGGCAGUCGCCUCUGGUUCUUCCCCUUAGAGGUCCCUUGUUUUCUUGCGAGGACUGGGCCUGAUUUAGAGGGGCGCUGUCGGUCUCGGCUCGUAUUCUUCUAGCUCGGGACCCGACGGUCCUGGGCAGUUCCCAAGGAAAAUUUUGUGGAACCCUGGGUUAAGAUAAGAUCGUCGGCAUGCGUCAAUCGGGAGUUUGAUCCUGCCUGGCGAUCGUUCUUGAAUGCGGUUUGGGUGGCCUCAUAGAUUGAGAGAUUUAGGGCGAAGUCUUCGAUUGGAGGCCUUCCCGUGCACUCAAGGUAGGGUGCUGUGCCGUGAAGGCCUCACCUUGAGCAUCCAUGGGGUUCCUCAGCCUCGUGGGCAACUCCUUUGGGUGCUCGGCUUCCGGCGAGAGGCUCGUCUCGGCGGCCCGGGACGGCGACCUGCAGGAGGCGCGUGCGCUGCUCGAGUACAACCCCCGGCUUGCCCGGUACUCUACUUUCGGCGGCCGGAACUCGCCGCUUCACUACGCCGCCGCACAGGGUCACCACGAGAUUGUUUCUCUGUUGCUCGAAUCCGGUGUCGAGAUCAACCUUAGGAACUACAGGGGCCAGACUGCUCUAAUGCAAGCCUGUCAGUAUGGCCACUGGGAGGUUGUUCAAACACUGAUGCUUUUCAAUGCAAAUGUUCACAGGACAGAUUAUUUGAAUGGUGGGGGUGCUCUCCAUUUUGCUGCACUGCACGGUCAUGCUCGGUGCCUUCGCCUUGUGCUUGUUGAUUAUGUGCCAAGCACACCAAACUUCUGGAACUUGAUGAAUGACAGUCUAUCUGAAGAAGGCUCAUCUGCUGAUUUUGAUGAAGAUGGUUUGCUCAAGAUGGUAAAUCAGAAGGCAGAUGGAGGACUGACUUCACUUCAUAUGGCAGCGUUAAAUGGGCAUGUAGAGUGUGUACAAUUGUUACUGGACUUGGGAGCAUGCGUUUCUGAGGUCACUAUUGAAGAUGGAACAACUAUUGACUUAAUAGGAGCUGGUAGCACCCCGCUUCAUUACGCUGCAUGUGGUGGAAAUGCUGUCUGUUGUCAACUUCUUAUUGCUCGAGGAGCUAGCCUUUCUGCACAGAACGCUAGUGGCUGGACCCCAUUGAUGGUAGCUCGCUCGUGGCACAGAAACUCUCUCGAGGAAAUUCUUAGUAAAGAACCAGAGAGUCGAAUACGCACUGUUCCUUCUCCAUACUUGUGCCUCCCACUUAUGAGUAUCAUGAGCAUUGCCAGGGAGUUUGGCUGGAGAUACCUAAACCAGUCACCUGCAUGUAUUGACCCAUGUGCUGUCUGCUUAGAAGGAAGCUGCUCUGUUGCUGCAGAAGGAUGCAAACAUGAAUUCUGCACAAGAUGUGCUCUAUACCUUUGCUCAACCAGUUAUACGUCAGUAAGUCCAGCAGGUGCCAUACCGUGCCCCCUCUGUCGACACCCAAUCAUCGCUUUCACUGCACUUCCUGGGACAAGCCCAAUAAGAGAGCUCCCAAGAAAUAGUCUUUCGUUGUCAUUUUGCACUACAUGCCCAGCUGUGAACUCCGAUUCUAGUCCCUCAAUUUCCAGCCAUCUGUAUCGGACAGAAUUUCAGUGCGCACGCAUGCCACCUAUGGGUUCAUCGUCCUUCCGCUCCCUGAGCUGCCAGAGGUUGCCGGCGAUGAAGCUUAAUCCAGCAUUUUGUAUGGGUGCUAUGGAUACAAAUCCCUGCCUUAUAAGAUGCUCAAGGUUCGGAUCCAGCUUGCGUCGGUCGGCUUCCCAAGGAGAAAGUAGCAGGAGAGCAUGGCCUCUAACUUUUGAUGGCAUUGCUGCCACUGGUAGCUGAUACCUGAAUGAUGUCCUCAGUUUUGUGCCCAUUUUGAGGUCUGCUCUGUAUAUUCAUUGGUUACAUUGGUCUGAUUUUUGCCGCUGUGAGAUGAACUUGCUGGUCUCAGUUCCUUGUUGAUAUCAGUAGCAGCGUGUAACUACUCCUUUCUCUAUCUGUAAAUAACCUUGUAUUGCUGUGCGUUUGUCCGGAAAUGAAGAGAUGAAAUGCAGAGAAGUUGA